AGUGCACCUCUCCAGGACACUUGCUCCAACUAACAGUGAGCUGAAGCAGACUCAGGAGAGACACCUGGAACUUUAUAGUCGAUAUGGAAGGUGGCAAAAGCAAACAGUGGGUUCUCCUGGCAGCAGGUUCUACAGGUUGGGAAAACUACAGGCAUCAGGCCAAUGUGUGUCACGCUUACCAAGUCAUACGCCAGAAUGGGAUUCCAGAUGAACAGAUUGUGGUGAUGAUGUAUGACGACAUCGCUAAUAAUCAAAAGAACCCUGAUAAAGGUAAAAUCAUUAAUAAACCAAAUGGACCAAAUGUUUACACUGGGGUUCCAAAGGACUACACUGGAAAGGAUGUUUCAGCUGAAAACUUUCUGGCUGUUCUGCGUGGAGAUUCAUCUGGUGUCAAGAAAACAGGACCAAAAAAAGUCAUACAAAGUGGUGAAAAUGACACUGUGUUCAUCUACAUAUAUGACCAUGGAGGUCAUGGUGUCUUUUGCUUUCCGAAUUCCACACUUUAUGCACAUGACCUCAUUAACACAGUGAGGACGAUGUCAAAGCAGCGCAGAUUUUCAAAGAUGGUGAUGUAUAUUGAUGCUUGUCAUUCUGGAUCAAUGCUGGAUCAGCUGAAGGACAGCAACAUGUAUGGAGUUUCAGCGUGCAGGCCUGAGGAAAGCGGCUAUGCUUGUUUCUAUGACCAAAGAUUAAAUGCUUAUAUUGCUGGUAUCUUCGGUGCUUACUGGCUACAUCACACUGAGACAGUAAAACUUAACACGACUUCAUUUGGAGAUCAGUUUUCCUACCUGAAGAGGAACGUCAGUGAGGCUGCGAGGCGUAUUGGAGGGUCUCAGACGCCGUGUAACUAUAGUGACAUGAACAUAUGCAGUAUAAUGUUGAGUGAACUCCUUGGCAAAUCACGUGUCUCUGUCCCGGGAGACAUCUCAGUCCCACCUACUGACUUCCAAGUGUCUGAGCUGACAGACAUUACAGAAGUUCCUCUGAUAAUCCAAAAAAACAGGAUUACAAAUGAAAAGGACCCUGAAAAAAGAAAGAUCCUGCAACAACAAUAUGAUGAUCUUAAAAGAAAGAGGAAGACAGUGGAUGAAGCGCUGCAGAAGAUUGCAGAGAGGAUAAACGCCUCACGAGCUCUGAGUGAGAAACGUGAGGUGACUCUCACGUACGAGCUCAAAGUCGUGGCUGAACAUUUUAGGAAAAAUCUCUUCGACUGGGAAAAGGAGCCGCAUGUUGUCACUCCUUCACACCUGCAGGUUUUGGUGAAUCUCUGUGAGCUUGGGCUGAAGGUUGAGAGCAUCAAUGAAGCCAUUACUCAUGUGAGCAAGGACCUUACUUUCUAAAGAAAUCACACCGGACUUCAGUCAUCUGAUUUUAUUCUUUUUUUCCUUCUAUAUCAUUCGGACGUCUUUCAGAUUUAUUUUAAUCAGAUUUUUUGAACUUUUUGACAUUGGUGUAUUUGCAGUGAAAAUCAUGGGUCAAUUUGAAACAGCAGAUUUACUGUAUGAAAAUAAUUUGUUAAAUUUGUUCCAUAUUUAGUAAAGUAGAGUUAAACUUCACUACAGCACAGAAAAGAGUUUUUUUGUAUUUCUAUAAUGUGGCACAUUUUAUCAUCUAGAAUUUAAAUCUGAUAUGAAACACCUUGUAACAAUUUUAUUUUUCAUUAUAUAAAUAAAGUUUUACUCAUUAUGCAGAUUUGUAGGCGGGGUUAGUAAUGUUUCUUCAUGUGCACUAGUACUGACAGUGAGAGCUCAGUUUAAUCUUCAUUUGAUUUCAGUAAAGUUGUUUCAUGACAUUAUUCUACAGCAGUGUGCUGCAGUACCACUCCUGACCACUGGGGGAAGAUUUCCUUGUUUUUCUUCUUUAUUUGCUUGUAUUCAUUUUAAUUUUACCCAAAUCAAUAUGACUGUGAUGAUUUGCAUAUUAUAACUCUCUGAGAUUUAAGCGUGUUCUGAGAAUAUAAUCACUAAGACCGCUUCCUCCUAUAUUGUUUGAUCUAUCUUAAAGUGGACCGGUCCUCAAACAUGUUUGUACUCAGGAUGUGUGUUUUUAAAGAAAUGUCAGAUCAGACCUGACCAUAAUCAGAUCA